AUGAUUGUUCUGAUCCCUGCCUCUUGUAGGCGCAUCUGCGUUAAAAAGAGAUGUCAAGAACUGAAGCUGCCAGGUUCUCUCUCUUCUCCUACCUCUCUCAUUAAUUCUUUUCGUUCGUUUCUCCCCUCACUAAACAUACACACCGCCACCUUCCUCCACCUCCCUUCUUUGUCUUUAUCCCUUUUGUUUUGUUUUUUCCUCUUCUUCAUUUCCCCACCACCUUGUUUUCUUUUCUAUCUCUCUUUCUGUUUUAACCAUUUCCCCAUUACUUUUCUUUCUUUGCUCUGUUCUUUCUCUUUCUCUCUAAUUAUUCUUCCGUUUUCUUUGUUCCUUUUUUUUCUGUCUUACUCUUUCUCCGCCUACUUUUUUAUCUAUUUUUUACCUAGUUUCUUUCUUUCUUUCUUUUUUUUUUCUGUUUGGUUCUAUCUUUUCGUCUUUUUUUCUUUAUUUAUCAUUUCCUUUUCUUUUCUCUCAAACACGUUUUCUCUUUUCCCGCGAAAUAUACCCUUUCUUUCCUCUCUUUUUUUCUUUCUUCUCUCUAUGCCCAAAUCCUUCCCCUUCUUUACUCUCUCCUCUGUCACUCUCUUCAUUCCUCCGUCUUCUUAUGUCCUCCUCCUUCCAUGCCCCCCCCUUUUUUUUCUUGACUCCACCCACAAAAUUGACCGACAUCUUCACUAG